AUGCGACUGAAGGUUGUUGACCAGGAGUGCUACAACACUGGGGUUAAGCAAAUCAACAAACGUGUGGAGAUAGUAACUGUGGACCUCACAAUUAACGAUCUCAUGAACAUGAUCGUUGAUAAUGGCUAUGACAAAUACACGUAUGUGGACGAUGGUUAUCCUCAAAAUGCCAGGUACUGGUUUAUAACGGUGUUGGAGUACCUACUGUGGAGUGGGAAAAUACAAGACGGAGGUUUCGAAGCAAUCAAUGCUUUGCGGUCGGUUUGGAAAUCGCAGAAUGACGAGAUUGCGGCUGUGCAGAUUGCGGAACCUUUACAGGGGAUUUUCUAUGCUCGUGAUAUUAACCGAACUCUUCAGAUGAGCGGUUCGGCACAUCCUGGCGGUGGGAAUGUGGUUUAG